GCUUUUGACAUUUCUUUCUCUUUCUCUUUUUUGAUUGUUUUUAUUAUUGCUUUCACCUCUGUUUUCUACUGCUAAAGAACCAGUAACCGCCAACUUAUACUUCACGAUUACGCGCACGUUCUCACUGCACACUUUCUAUACUCUUCGCAUUUUCUACACAUUUUCUCUCUCUCUCUCGCUCUCUCUCUCUCUCUAUCUUGUAUCUUGGUUUGCCUUGACACUUUUGGCUGUGGUCGAUACGCUGAUACUAUUGCCAUACUUUUGUUGAGUUAUGGACGCUCAGGAAGCAUCAAAUUCUGCGGAUCUUCCGCCCUCCGAGCCCGCGAUUGCGAACGCGCCCAGCCGGGACCCGCCUAGCGAAGCAUCCGAGUCUAUGCCGCCCAGUGGGUACAGCACACCAGUCUCGAAUGAACCGGUUAAACCUCUCGAUCCAAUGCAGGCCAAGCGUUUUGCCUAUCUUCUUGGCCAGACCGACGUGUUUGCGCAUUUUAUACAGGACUUUAUCAAGGACAGCAACCUCAAGGCAGAAAUUAAAAGGCAGCUCGACAGCAAGGCCGUCAAAGAGAAUGAGAACGGAGCGUCGCGGCGCCAUCGCAAGACUGAAAAGGAGGAAGAUGCCGAGCUGAUGCGCGAAGAGUCGGCAGAGCUUCCCAACAUGCAGAUUUCGUUUACCGAGUCACCAAGCUAUGUAACUGGCGGGAGCAUGCGCGACUACCAGCUGCGCGGCCUCAACUGGAUGAUAUCUUUGUUUGACAAUGGAAUCAAUGGCAUUCUCGCCGACGAGAUGGGCCUGGGCAAGACACUUCAGGUGAUCUCGUUUAUUGGUUAUCUCAAGCACUACCGCAACAUUCGUGGCCCCCACCUGGUUGUCGUGCCAAAGUCGACCCUGCACAACUGGAAGGCAGAAUUUAACCGCUGGGUGCCUGAUCUCAACGUUUUUUUGCUGCAUGGCGACAAACACGAGCGGGCGAAGAUAUUCGAGGCGAACAUGCGCUCCGACGGGUUCGACUGCUGCAUCACGACCUACGAGAUGUGUCUUAUUUGCAAGAGCGAGCUGCGCAAAACGGACUGGGAAUACAUAAUUAUCGACGAGGCGCACCGCCUGAAGAACGAGAACUCGAUGCUGUCCAAACUGGUGCGCAUGUUUUCGUCUAAGCGUCGCCUGCUCAUCACGGGCACGCCGCUGCAGAACAACCUGCACGAGCUGUGGGCUCUGCUCAAUUUCCUGCUGCCCGACGUGUUUGGCUCAUCGGACGUUUUUGACGAGUGGUUCCAAAAGGGCGAGGGCGACCAGGAGCAGGUUGUGCAGCAGCUGCACAAGGUUCUUCAGCCGUUCCUGCUGCGUCGCGUCAAGAGCGAUGUUGAGCGCUCGCUGCUACCGAAGAAGGAAAUCAACCUUUAUGUUGGAUUGACGCCGAUGCAGCGCACUUGGUACCGCCGCAUUCUCGAGCGGGACAUUGCCGCUAUCAACGGCGCAGUCGGUAAGAAAGAGGGCAAGACACGCCUGCUAAACAUUGUUAUGCAGUUGCGCAAGUGCUGCAACCACCCCUAUCUUUUUGACGGCGCCGAGCCCGGGCCUCCCUACACCACGGACGAGCACCUGGUUUACAACGCUGGCAAGAUGGUGGUCCUGGAUAAGCUGCUCAAGAGGCUUAAGGGACAGGGCUCGCGCGUGCUGAUUUUUAGCCAGAUGAGCCGCGUGCUGGACAUCCUCGAAGACUAUUGCCAGUUCCGCGACUACAAGUACUGCAGGCUUGACGGCUCCACCUCCCACGACGACCGGGUGGAAUCCAUUGCUGACUUUAGCCGCCCUGACAGCGACAAGUUCAUUUUUUUGCUGACCACGCGCGCGGGAGGCCUCGGCAUCACGCUGACAGCUGCGGACAAUGUAUGCAUUUUUGAUAGCGACUGGAACCCUCAGGCCGACCUGCAGGCCAUGGACCGUGCGCACCGUAUCGGCCAGACCAAGCAGGUCUACGUCUACCGCUUUAUCACCGAGGACACGGUCGAAGAGAAGGUCCUGGAGCGCGCGAUGCAGAAGCUGCGCCUCGACCAGCUUGUGAUUCAGCAGGGCCGUCUGGCGCAGGCGACAAAGGCUACCACCCGCGAGCAGCUGCUGGACAUGGUACAGUUUGGUGCUGAAGGCAUCCUCAACUCUGCCGGCGAUAGGACAAGCGCCACAAAUUCUCGCACAGCCAGUGGCGCCGUGACGCCCGUUCCCUCAGACACCAACGCUGAGGCUGAGGGAAUCAAUAUUGAUGACAUUUUGCGCCGUGGCGAGAGCCGUACGCAUGAGCUGCAGAGCAAGUACGCUGACAUGGGUCUAGAUGACCUCAACAGAUUUGCCAACGAGAGCACGUCGACCACCCAGUGGGAGGGUGAAGACUACGCUCGCAAGCGCCGUACGGCUGACAUUGCCCAGCUGUGGAUUCAGCCGGCCAAGCGCGAGCGCAAGGUCAACUACGCAGUCGACGACUAUUACCGUGAGGCAUUGCGCCAGAACUCGAAGAACAACGCCGCCCAGCGUGCCCCGCGGCCGCCGAAGCAGCUGCACAUCAGCGACUUCCAGUUUUACCCGCCGCGGCUGCAGGUGCUCUUGGACAAGGAGCUUCUGUCUUAUCGCCGCCAGAUCGGGUACAAGGUUCCCAAAGCCGGGGCUGGGGUUAGCGGCGGUGGCGGUGAUGAAGAUGGUAAUGACUCGUCCACUAGCGAGGUGCGCAGUGAGGAGGCACGGCUGGCCGAGCAGGCGCUGAUCGACAGCGCUGAGCCGCUCACUGAGGAGGAGAUUAAGGAGAAGGAGGAGCUAGUCUCACAGGGCUUUAGCAACUGGAACCGCCGUGACUUUUACAGUCUCAUGCGCGCGCUCGAGAACCAUGGUCGCAGCAACAUGAGCCUUGUCAAGACUGAGGUCGAGGGGAAAUCGCCUGAGGAGGUUGAGGCGUACGCAAAGGUAUUCUUUAAGCGCUACAAGGAACUGCCCGAGGCUGAUCGGCUGACCGCCCAGAUUUCAAAGGGCGAGCAGAAGCGCGCGCGGCGUAACGAGAUCCAGCAGCUGCUUGAGUCCAAGCUGGGCGAAUGCAAGCAGGACCCGUUGCGCCACUUCAGCAUUCCUUACAGCUCGGGAGGCUCCACCGCUAAGGGCAGAGUAUACACCGAGGACGAGGACAGGUUUAUGCUAGUGAGCUUGGCGCGAAAUGGCAUUGGCAGCGACGACGUGUACGACAAGAUCCGCCAGGAGCUUCGCCUCAGCCCAAUGUUCCGCUUCGACUGGUUCAUCAAGAGCCGCAACUCCCAGGAAAUACAGCGGCGCUGCCAGACCUUGAUUGGGCUGCUUCAGAAGGAGGUCCAGGGUGGCAGGGCGGUUCGCAACGGCGGCGCAGACGAUGGCGACUGAGCACGAGCACAUUAUCCGAUCGCCGCGCUGCCCCCGUUAUCAGCUGCGCUGUUUGUGCUAUGCCAUGCUGUCAGCAAGUGCUUAGCACAUUUUUUCUCCCUUGCUUUUUUGCGGAGCGC